UUUCUCUCUCUGUUCCCUCGCUAUCCUCACUUCUCAUCUUCUCCCUCCAGGUAUGUCUGCCAUCGCCAUCUUCCCCCGCCCAAUGUUCCACCCCUCCCUCCCUCAUCUGUCGCACCUAUCGCCUCUUCCCAGCCCCGCCAAUGACCUCGUCGCUUGUUGACUGGCAACGGGCUUCAUUCAGCUGCUGGCGUUUUUAACCUUCCAAAUCCCCCUCCCUCCCUCAUCCCAUUUCGCCUUAUCUCCCCAAUUCCUGAAUUACUCAACCCCUCCCCUCCCCCAAUUCUCCUCUACCCAGGCUUCGUGAGCUGUUGACAACUAACCCAUUUCGGCCACAGUGAGCGGAACCGAUCUCUCGACUGCUCUGUUUACAUUCCUCCACCUCACCUCACAACCUUCCCUACACUCAUACAAUGGCGUCCAAGGCUUUGCCCAGUCACCUCAGAGCUCCUGCGAGCGACGCCACGAGCGGCGCCUCGUUCGGCAAGCACCACGGAAAGUCCCAGUCUCACAUGGCUUUCGAGAACGCCUCCACCAGUGUGGCUGCCUCCCAGAUGCGCAAUGCCCUGAACGCUCUCGCCGAGACCGUCACCGACGAGUCGGAGCGCAAGCGCUUUGAGGCGGAGAUGGACAACUUCUUCGCUCUCUUCCGCAGAUUCCUCAACGACAAGGCCAAGGGCAACGAGGUCAACUGGGACCGCAUCGCCCCUCCCCAGCCCUCCCAGGUGGUGGACUACAACGAUCUCGGCACUGAGGCGUCGGUCGAGUUCCUGAACAAGCUGGCUGUGGUCAAGCUCAACGGUGGUCUGGGAACCUCCAUGGGCUGUGUCGGCCCCAAGUCCGUCAUUGAGGUCCGCGAGGGCAUGUCCUUCCUGGAUCUGUCCGUCCGCCAGAUCGAGCACCUCAACCGCACCUACAACGUCAACGUGCCCUUCGUUCUCAUGAACUCCUUCAACACCGACCAGGACACCCAGUCGAUCAUCAAGAAGUACCAGGGCCACAAUGUCGACAUCAUCACCUUCAACCAGUCCCGGUACCCCCGUAUCAUCAAGGACUCUCUCCUCCCGGCCCCCAAGUCCUUCGACGCCCCUCUGCAGGACUGGUACCCCCCCGGCCACGGUGACGUCUUCGAGUCGCUGUACAACUCGGGUACCCUGGACCAGCUGUUGAACCGCGGCGUGGAGUACAUCUUCCUGUCCAACGCCGACAACCUGGGUGCCGUGGUGGAUCUCAGCAUCCUGAAGCACAUGGUGGACACCGAGUCCGAGUACAUCAUGGAGUUGACCGACAAGACCAAGGCCGACGUCAAGGGUGGUACCAUCAUUGACUACGAGGGCAAGGCUCGUCUGCUGGAAAUCGCCCAGGUGCCCAAGGAGCACGUCAACGAGUUCAAGUCCAUCAAGAAGUUCAAGUAUUUCAACACCAACAACAUCUGGAUGAGCCUCCGCGCCAUCAAGCGGGUCGUUGAGGAGAACGAGCUGGAGAUGGAGAUCAUCGCCAACGAGAAGUCCAUCCCCGCCGACAAGAAGGGCGAGGCCGACCAGGCCAUCUACCAGCUGGAGACCGCCGUCGGUGCCGCCAUCCGUCACUUCAAGAACGGCCACGGUGUGAACGUGCCCCGUCGCCGCUUCCUGCCGGUCAAGACCUGCUCCGACCUUCUGCUGGUCAAGUCGGACCUGUACCGCCUGGAGCACGGCCAGCUGGUCAUGGACCCCAGCCGCUUCGGCGGUGUCCCCGUCAUCAAGCUCGGAUCCGACUUCAAGAAGGUUUCCGACUUCCAGAAGCACAUCCCCAGCAUCCCCCGCAUCGUCGAGCUGGACCACCUCACCAUCACGGGUGCCGUGAACCUGGGCCGCAACGUGCAGCUCAAGGGCACGGUCAUCAUCGUGGCCACCGAGGGCAGCACCAUCGACGUGCCCCCGGGUUCCGUGCUGGAGAACUGCGUUGUGCAGGGCAGCCUGCGCAUCCUGGAGCACUAGAUUCCCCCUCCCCCUGUUUCUCUCCUUCCUACUGCGUAUGUGUGCGGCCCUGUCCCAUCGUCUCAUCUGUGAUGGCCCCGGGGCCGGGCCGGCGCGGGCUGAUAGAGUAUUUGUUUGAAGCGGGGUCAUUUGUUGGGAUUUUGCUUCGGAUCGAGAACAUCAUAUCAUGUCUGCUGGGUUCUAUCUCUGGGGGGACGAGGGGCGCAUUCGCAAAGAGCGGCAUCUGCUUUCCUCCUAGUCUAGGGAUUUUUCUUCUCUUCUUCGCCGCAGGUUUCUUUCUCUCUUUCUCUCUCUUUUCUUUUCUUUUUUUUUUUUCGUUUUUAUUAUCCUGGUCGUUAGUGUUCUUUAAUUGGAAGCAUUCUGCGCCUCUCCUGGACGCCGGAAUGCUGGGUCAAAAGGGGGUUCCCAGGAGAGAAUCAGCAGAUUGUGCCAGCCUGUUAGUU